AGCGAAGUUGGGCGAUCGUCAAAUAAAUCUCACCCUUCCAUCAGGCACUUGCAUGUAACGCCACAGCACCGCCGAAUGUUAGGCUUAGGCGUGCGUCGGUUGAAAACACGGCCCUCCUUGCUGGAUCUGAUAGAGGCCAGUUGCAGUAGUGGUGGUGGGAGUGACCAACCAUUGUUGUUAUCGUCGUCAUCACCGCCCACGGCCAUCGACCAACUGCCACCGCUCCCCGACUCACCCACUUCUUCCCCGUCUUCCAGCUCCAGCUCCAGCUCCAGUUCCUUCCCGAUCCCUACCACCACCUUCAAUCCUUCUCCCUCCUCCUCAUCUGUCCACCCUCCGGCUAUUCGCAUCAUGGCCCCCUCCGGAAAGGGCCCUCAAGAUGAGGCCCACCAUGGCUCCGUCUUCUCCGUCUCCGGUCCCGUCGUCGUGGCCGAGAACAUGAUCGGCUGUGCCAUGUACGAAUUGUGUCGUGUCGGGAAAGAUCAGCUCGUCGGUGAAGUUAUCCGUCUCGAUGGUGAUAAGGCCACCAUUCAGGUCUACGAGGAAACUGAUGGUGUGACGGUCGGCGACCCUGUCGAGAGGACGGGUAAGCCCCUAGCGGUGGAACUGGGUCCUGCCAAAGGAAUCUAUAUCCCCCGUGGUAUUACCGUGAACGCGCUGGAUCGCGAGAAGAAAUGGGACUUCACGCCCGGUCAACAUAAGGUGGGCGACCACAUCACGGGAGGUGACGUCUGGGGAUCCGUGUUCGAGAACAGCUUGAUGAGCGACCAUAAGAUCCUUCUCCCGCCCCGCGCUCGGGGUACUAUUACCCGUAUCGCAGAGGCUGGAAGCUACACAGUCGAGGAGAAGCUUUUGGAGAUCGAAUUUGACGGCAAGAAGGCCGAGUUUGGUAUGAUGCAGACCUGGCCCGUUCGUGUGCCCCGACCUGUCAAUGAGAAGGUUCCAUCCGACGCACCCUUCAUCGUCGGCCAGAGAGUGCUGGACUCUCUGUUCCCUAGUGUGCAGGGUGGUACUGUCUGUAUUCCGGGUGCUUUUGGAUGUGGUAAGACGGUCAUUUCCCAGUCUGUGUCCAAGUUCUCCAACAGUGAUAUCAUCGUCUACGUUGGCUGUGGUGAGCGUGGUAACGAGAUGGCUGAAGUGUUGAUGGACUUCCCCGAGCUUUCGAUCGAGAUCGAUGGUCGCAAAGAGCCUAUUAUGAAGCGUACGUGUCUUAUCGCCAAUACAUCCAACAUGCCUGUCGCCGCGCGUGAGGCCUCCAUUUACACCGGUAUCACCAUUGCGGAGUACUUCCGUGACCAGGGUAAGAACGUGGCUAUGAUGGCCGAUUCCAGUUCUCGUUGGGCCGAGGCGCUUCGUGAACUUUCCGGUCGUCUGGGAGAGAUGCCUGCAGACCAGGGUUUCCCCGCCUACCUGGGUGCCAAGCUCGCUUCCUUCUACGAACGUGCUGGAAAGAGUGUUGCUCUGGGAAGCCCCGAGAGAGUUGGCAGUGUCAGUAUCGUCGGUGCCGUCAGUCCUCCUGGUGGUGAUUUCUCAGACCCUGUCACUACUAGCACCCUCGGUAUCGUCCAGGUGUUCUGGGGUCUUGACAAGAAGCUGGCCCAGCGAAAACAUUUCCCUUCCGUCAACACUUCGAUGUCCUACAGCAAGUAUACGACCGUCUUGGACAAGUUCUACGAGAAGGACUACCCCGAGUUCCCCCGCCUUCGUGACCAGAUUCGUGAGCUGUUGACCAAGUCCGAAGAACUGGACCAGGUCGUGCAGUUGGUCGGUAAGGCCGCCCUGGGUGAUUCGGACAAGAUCGCAUUGGAUGUGGCUGCCAUGGUGAAGGAUGAUUUCCUUCAGCAAAACGGAUACAGUGACUACGAUCAGUUCUGCCCUCUGUGGAAGACAGAAUAUAUGAUGAAGGCAUUCAUGGGCUACCACGAUGAAGCGCAGAAGGCUAUUGCUCAGGGUCAAAACUGGUCCAAGGUUCGCGAAGCCACUGCCGACAUCCAGGCUGCCCUGCGGAGCAUGAAGUUCGAGGUUCCGGAGAACCAACAAGAGGUCUCAGAGAAGUACGAGAAGGUUCUUCAGGCCAUGUCAGAGCGAUUCGCGUCGGUGUCGGAUGAGUAA